GAUUCCAAAGGCAAAAACUAUGGAGCAUUUCUAUAUCACCCUUUUGUUACUCUUUGUCUCCUUCGUAACUCUCUCCCUCUUCGUCCUUUUUUAUAAACACCGCUCCAAUUACUCCGCCGAUAACCUCCCUCCCGGUCGGCCAGGUUUACCCUUCGUCGGCGAGACCCUCGAGUUUCUCUCCACUGGAUGGAAAGGCCACCCGGAAAAGUUCAUAUUCGAUCGCAUGGCCAAAUACUCUUCCCAAGUCUUCAAAACCAACAUCCUCGGUGAACCAGCAGCCGUCUUCUGCGGUGUCGCCUGCAACAAGUUCUUGUUUUCGAACGAGAACAAGCUUGUUACCGCAUGGUGGCCGAGUUCCGUCGACAAAAUCUUCCCUUCUUCAUUACAAACAUCGUCAAAAGAAGAAUCAAAGAAAAUGAGGAAGCUAUUGCCUCAAUUCUUAAAACCAGAGGCUUUACAAAGGUAUAUCGGAAUAAUGGACGCCAUUGCCAAUGAACACUUUGCUUCUCAAUGGGAAAAUAAAGAACAAGUCCUUGUUUUUCCAUUGGCUAAAAGAUAUACUUUCUGGUUAGCUUGUCGGUUGUUUUUAAGUAUUGAAGAUCCUCACCAUGUUUCAAAGUUUGAAGGACCGUUUCAUUUAUUGGCUUCGGGUAUUAUUUCACUCCCCAUUGAUCUUCCCGGAACGCCAUUUAAUCGAGCCAUUAAAGCUUCGAAUUUCAUUCGGAAAGAGCUUUUAAAGAUUAUCAAGCAACGAAAAGUUGAUUUAUCGGAAGGGAAAGCGUCGCCAACUCAAGAUAUAUUGUCGCAUAUGUUGUUGACGAGUGAUGAAAAUGGACAGUUCAUGACGGAAGUGGAUAUCGCCGAUAAGAUUCUUGGGUUGUUGAUAGGUGGCCAUGAUACUGCCAGUGCUGCCUGCACUUUCAUCGUCAAAUAUCUUGCUGAGCUUCCUCACAUCUACGAGCUCGUUUACAAAGAACAAAUGGAAAUAGCAAAAUCAAAAGCCCCAGGUGAAUUGUUGACUUGGGACGACGUUCAAAAGAUGAAAUAUUCAUGGAAUGUUGCUUGUGAAGUGCUAAGACUUGCCCCACCACUACAAGGUGCUUUCAGGGAAGCCAUCAAUGACUUCAUUUUCAAUGGUUUCUCUAUUCCAAAGGGUUGGAAAUUAUAUUGGAGCGCAAACUCAACCCAUAGAAACCCUGAAUGUUUUCCAGAACCGUUGAAAUUUGACCCGACAAGGUUUGAAGGGAAAGGGCCAGCGCCCUACACGUUCGUUCCGUUCGGCGGCGGUCCUCGAAUGUGCCCGGGCAAAGAAUAUGCUCGAUUGGAAAUACUUGUUUUCAUGCAUAAUAUUGUGAAAAGGUUUAAGUGGAAGAAAUUAGUGGCUGAUGAGAAGAUCAUUGUUGAUCCCAUGCCUAUGCCAGCAAAGGGUCUUCCAGUUCUCCUUUAUCCGUAUAAAUCUUAAAUUAUUUUUCAACUUUCAUAAUUAUCUAUGUACCAAUGCAAAUGAAGCAAUCUUCUUUGCUCUUUUUUUUUUUUUUUGU